AUGCGGUACAGACCGCCUUUGCCUCCGCGAUUUUCCGCUCUGCAUUCAACGGUGCCCCUCAUUGAGCGAUACAAAGUUGCGUCGAUCUCGCGAUCGCCAGAGACUGUAGCGAAGGUUCGGGAAGCGUGGAGGGUGCAGCGACUGCGAGUGCAUCGCGCGCCUCCGGCCCGGACGGCUCUAGUGCGCCGUGACAUAACACGAUCGCCCCGCCCCGUCGCUCUCGCUCGCUCGCCUGCUUGCGAGCGGGACGGAAGCUCUCCCACCGAAGCCUCCGGCGCGGUUUCCGAGAAAAGCCAACUGUCAUUAUUCGACGCGGAUCGUUCUCCGGCCGGCGGCCUCAUGAAUGAAACGCGCUCGGCCCGCAGGUGCACAACCCCGGGCGAUGGGCCCCCGAGAGAAAUUGCCCAAAACGCACAGCGGCCACGCGAUGUCCACACGCAACAACUCUCGGCGGCUAAUUCGCUGCGCAGGAAGUGCUCGACGAUGCUUUUUUGUUCCCGUUUGCACGGCACAGUGGACACG